CAAAACAUUGUCAUUCUAUUGUUUUCUACGGAAAACAUGGAAUGUCAAUAAAUAUCAAUAAAUAAUAACUUUAACGUAAUUUAAUUGUCCAAUUAAGUUGCCGAUUUAGUUAAUUAGUGUAUUUAGGUGAUAUUAAAAAUGGCGGACGGAGAGGGAAAGCCGGAGGGUCCGGAGGUUGUGACAAUAAUGCCCCCUGUGGUCAAACGGCCUAAGAUUGCGUGGAGCGAUGACUUGAGCCACGACUCUGAAGAAGAUAGAGAACGCGAACGUCUAGCCCAGUUGGAGCGUGAACUAGAACAAACACGGGAACAAAAGCCAAUAUACGAUCCAGAAGAAUUGGAGAAGCUCGUUGACUACGUCGUCAGGAUGACCACAAUCUACGACCUCCGCCCUGAAGACUGGACACCAGACACGAGACAGCACAUCGAAGACUGGUUCCUCGAACCGAAGAGUCUGAUACUCUGCAUAUACUUCAAAGGAGAAUGCCUUAGAGCUAGUCACGAUAUACCUCUGACCCCUGUAUACGAUUUGACGUACUUCAUAAGACCCCCUGAUUAUGUGUUCAAAGCCGAUACGUUCCAUGACGACAUCGUCUUCGGCACGUUCAGAGAUUCCAUUGAGUCCAACGUGAUCAAUAUGAUGGAGCAUGUGUAUGCUCCUUAUUUCUUUGCCAUUACUGCUUGGCCUGAUAGUGUCAAAAGCGAGUUCUGCACCCAUAUCCACACGUUCCUCGCUAAACUAACGGACAUGUACUAUAAAAUGUUGGGUCUAACUGUCCUAUACAUACCUCGGGAGGGUCAAAAUCUAUCUUUUGAGAAAGCCAGCGCAGAUCGCGAACUGGUGAAGCGACUCGAAGGUGUGGUGGUCUACUGGACUCAUCAGAUCAAGUCGUGUUUGGAAGACACGGCUUUUGUAGCUUCGCAGAAGGAAUUACUAUGCCCUAGCGAUGAAUAUGACUUCUGGGUUUAUAGACAUGAAAACCUGAACGCCUUACUCCACCAACUGAAAAACCCGGCAGUGAAACACAUCACCAAGAUCCUCGUAACCACACAUUCCACCUUCAUACACCAGUUCCAGUCUCUAUGCGAAGACAUCGUCCAGAAGGUCAGAGAGGCGACCGCGAACAUUGAGUACUUACAGGUUAUAAAGCAGCCUUGCGCAGUACUGGAGUGCGUGGUGGACCCUGACGAGAUAGCGAAGCACAUUCCUCAGAUCAUCAACCUGUUCCGCUUCAUAUGGAUGGAAUCCCCAACUUACAACUCUGAGACUCGAAUCACGAAUCUGUUCAAGGCUUUGAGCAAUCAGAUCAUCAUUCUCUGCCGGAAUUACAUCAAGCUGGAUGAUCUUUUUGACGGUAAUACGAUUAAGGCGUUAGGAGAGUUCAGUAAGUGCAUCGAUUGCUGCAAGAAGUACAGGGAGAUUUACGACGUGAUGGCAGAGGCUCACAAUGAUGACAAUCCCGACAGCUGGGUGUUGGACACCGGCUCUAUCUUCAACUACAUCGACUCGUUCAUACAGAGGUGCUUCGACAUGCUCGACGUUUGUAACUGCAUGAUUAUCUUUGGAAGAAUCAACGAAUUCGAAACUAUAAACAAGCCAUACUUCGGCGGCGCCCGAGGAGAUCAGUUUGAAGCUAAAUGCGAGAAAAUUGAGCGCAUGUUCUUUGCAGCGUUGUUAGAUGUAAAGGCAGUGGGAAAUACUAUCUUAGACGUGCAGGCUCCUUCGUGGUACGAUGACAUUCUUGCCUUCAGAACUAUUAUCAAGGAUAUUGAGAUUAUCAUAGAGAACCUGGUGGACACUGUGUUUGAAGGCGUCAACCACGUGGAGGAGGCCGUGGUCGCGUUGUAUUCUCUAAACAACUAUUCUAAGCGGAAGAAUCUGAAGCGUGUCUUCAAGAGGAAGACUUCUGAGAUGUGGGCGAUGUUCAGCGAGGAAGUGCAAGAAUCAAAGAAGGAUAUGGUGUCCACACGAAGCCACUACCCAGCUGACAUGCCGUCGUACGCAGGCAGGGCAUCUGUGCUCAAGAUGAGGAAGAAUAGACUUGUAUAUCUUAAAAACGUGAUGACAGAUGCGUCCGCGUGGCUGCUGCCCUGCAGUAGCUCUGAAGAUGUGAUUAUGCACGUGAAUAGGCUGAUGGGAGCUAUUGAUGUUGCCAUUAGGGAGCUCUGGAUUGCCUGGACGCACAACUUGGAUGAAAAAUGCGGCGUCGGACUGAACAAGACCUUGAUGAGGAAGAGUGCAGAGUUCCCUGGACUACUGGAGUGUAAUAUUGAUGUGAACAUUCUGGAACUGUGCCAUGAAGCUGCACAUUGGGAGAACUUGAUGAUGGACAUACCUCUACAUGCUUUUCAGGUUUACUCAAAAAGCUCCACUAUAAACUACGUGUACGAGAGUGUACUGGCCGUGGUGAAGGGAUACAACAAGAUUCUGGACUCUUUAUCUGAUGAGGAGCGGCUGCUGUUCAAACCGCUCAUCACGGCUUGUGAAAAGAAAGUGCAACCGGGAAUUACGAAACUUACGUGGACUUCUACAAUGUCCGAUGCAUACAUUGCAGAUUGUGUAAUACAGAUUGGAGAACUUCAAGAUUUCCUAACUACAUACAAAAAUUGUAAUGUUAAUUUAGUAAAAAUUAUGGAAAAGAUUUGUGAUACUCCCUUUGUGGAGUUUGAUAUUUAUAACGUUUUUGAAAUUAAAACUCUUAGGGCCAACAUACGCAAAAUGGAAAGUACAGCUAUGGAUUCUGUUCUAGAAAUGUAUAAAUUGAUAGUGAUUUACCUCGUCAUAGUUUAUGAAGGCUUCGAAGCUCAUAUUACUCAGAUGGCAGAACAUUGGAUUAAAUAUGUUAGAAGAUUUGAUAAACUUUUAGAAGAUGCUUUGAGGUUGGGUAUAAAGUCAACAAUGCAAAACAUGUAUAAGUGUGUACAUGGAGAUGGAACAAUGGCACCAUCACCCUUGUUAAAAAUGGACCUCUACCUAGUUGGGAAGAAUAUAACUUAUAUACCUUCAAAAAUAGAAAUUCAAGACACUUUCACGACAGUUCUUGAAGAAAUCGUCCAUAUAAUAAGUUCAGUUCCUCGUUUGUAUGAAAAAUUUUCGUUGCCAUCUGGUGGCUUAAGAAAGUUUCAUGAAGUAAUAGCUACGGAUCCGGAUUGUAAUAAAUUGCAGAGAUUUAUUAACGAUGAAAUUGAUUACAAUAUUAAGUUAGUUAUCGAUCAUUUGGAAAUGUGGGAUCCUUACGUGCAUAUUUGGGCAGUAAACAAAGAUGAAUUUUUAGCAAAUUAUCGAACUGAACAGCAUACUGCAGAAGAAUUUGACGAUCUUAUUAUAAAUUACAGUAAUCUUGCCAAUUCUGUUCAAAUUCAAGAAACUAUCAAUCAGAUUCAUUUCAUAACCCUCAACUCCAGUGAGUUAAAGAAGUCAAUUAUAUCUCACUGUAUUGUUUGGCAAACCAAGUUAGGAGAAUUGUUACGAACUAUCACUGAGGCUGAUAUCGAUGUAAUCUACAAUUACGUUGAAAAAAGUAGUGAAGAAGCUAUGAAGGUACCGAAAGAUUUAAAGGAGCUUCAAGAAAGCAUUGAUACUUAUGAUCGAUUAAUAUCAGAAAUAGCUCAAAUAGAAAAAACAUUCCCUCCAAUAACUGAUCAAAUGUUAACAUUGGUGAAAUUUGAGGUUGAACUCAGUUCUGAUAUGACGACUCGUCAUGAAAAUAUACCUCUGCUAUGGGAACAAUACUUAGGUGUCUUGGAAGAAGCUAAAAAGAACCUCGAAGCAAACAAAGAAAAAUUCAAAACUGAUCUAUUAGAUCAAGCUGAAGUAUUUAAAGAAGCAGCCAAAGAGUUUUGUGAAGAAUUCUAUAAGACAGCACCAAUAUCUUCUGAGUUUACUGGCAAAGAGGCUCUGGCCCAAUUAAAAGCUUUCAGAGAACAGCUUAAUGCAUUGCGUGCACAAGAACAAGCCAUACGUGAUGGCCUGGCUGUAUUCAAUUUAACUACGCCAGUGAAUCUGGAUCUUCUGAAGAUGGAGAAGGAAUUAGAAAAGCUGGAGGAAGUCUGGGGCUUAGUAAACCAGUGGGAAGAGUCCUGGGAAAAGUAUAAAACUCAAACGUUUUGGGAAAUGGAGACAGAUGAGAUGGAAGAGAAUGUCAUGUAUUUGUUCAGGAAUUUCAAUAAACUGUCGCGACAGUUAAAAGACAGAAAUUGGGAAAUCAUUGAUACAACAAGAGUUAAAGUUGAUGCGUUCAGAAGAACUCUACCUCUAAUAGGUGAUUUGAAGAAUCCGUGCAUGAGAGAGCGCCAUUGGGAUAGAAUUAGGGCGCUCAUGGGCGUAGAGUUUGACCAGAACUCGGAGGAUUUCAAAUUGGAUUUGAUAAUGAAACUUAAUUUCCAAGCUUAUGCUGAAGAAAUAGCAGAAAUUUCUAAUGCUGCUACUAUGGAACUAAACAUUGAGAAUGGGCUUAAAGCUAUCAGAGAAGUUUGGAAAAGUACUAAAUUUGAGAUGUCACAUCACAGAGGAGACAUGUAUAAGAUUAAAACUGUAGAUGAUGUCAUGCAGUUUCUUGAAGACCAUCAAGUGCAGCUUUCGUCAAUGAAAUCAACAAAAUAUGUUGAACCAUUUAUCAAGGAAGUAGAUUACUGGGAAAAGUCCUUGGGAUAUGUAGCGGAGUGUAUUGAGAUUUCUUUACAAGUUCAAAGGCGUUAUCUUUACUUGGAAACUAUUUUCACUGGUGAAGAUAUAAGAAAGCAACUGCCUGCAGAAGUUCUGAUAUUUGAUGCACUUACUGCCGACUGGACAGAAGUUACAAAGAAUAUGCAUGCUGGGAAAAAUGCAAUAGAAGCUUGCAUAUACAAACCGCAGCCUUAUUUAUUCAAUAAAUUGAACCAAAUGGUAGAUAAUUUAGAUGGUAUUCUACGAGCCUUAGAAAAGUAUCUAGAGACAAAGCGUCAACUGUUUCCAAGGUUUUAUUUUAUUUCCAAUGAUGAUAUGCUGGAAAUUCUUGGAAAUUCAAAGAAACCAUCUCUAAUACAAGUGCAUUUGAAGAAGUUGUUUGAUAAUGUGACUAGGAUAAGGAUUGAUAAGAAUCCCAUGGGCCUCCCAGUAGCCAAGGCCAUGACUUCAGAAGACGGAGAGUGUGUGGAAUGGAAGUAUAACCUGGUGCUGGACGGGCCUGCUGAGGUCUGGCUGCUAGGGCUAGAGCAUACCAUGAGAGUUGUGCUUAGAGAUCAACUGAUAUUGACGAGAGCGGCUUUGAGGAAGUGUAAGUACCAAAGAGAGCAGUGGAUCAACGACUGGCCGGGACAACUUGGGAUCACUUCUAGCAAGAUUCAAUGGACAUCAGACUGCACGCGAACUCUCUGCCGUUGCGAGAUAAUGAAAGAGAAGAAACCGCUAAAGAAAUUGCGCAAGAAACAGAACCAGAUCCUCGCCACACUUCAGAUGAUGUCACGUAAAGAGAUCAGCAAGAUCUUGCGCGCCAAAGUCAAUGCUCUGUGCGUUAUUGAGAUACAUUCUAGAGAUACCGUCGAUAGGAUGUAUAAGAUGGGCUGUAUGAACGUGACUGCGUUCGAGUGGUUCUCGCAGCUGAAGUUCUACUGGGACCGCGAGCGGGAGGACUGCUACAUCAAGCAGACCAACACCAACUCUAUCUACACGUACGAGUACAUCGGCAACUCGGGACGGCUCGUCAUCACACCUCUUACUGACAGAUGCUACAUAACCCUAACGACGGCACUGCAUCUGUUCCGUGGUGGAAGUCCUCAAGGUCCGGCUGGUACUGGCAAGACGGAGACGGUGAAGGACCUGGGCAGAGCUCUGGCCAGAUGGGUGGUCGUCACCAACUGCUCUGACGGACUUGAUUAUAAGUCCAUGGCUAAGUGUUUCGCUGGCAUAGCCCAAAGCGGUUGCUGGGGUUGUUUCGACGAGUUCAACCGCAUCAACAUCGAGGUGCUGUCGGUGGUGGCGCAGCAGAUACUGGCAGUACUGCUCGCGCUCUCACUCUUCCAGAAGCGGUUCAUAUUUGAGGGGAACGACAUCAAGCUCGACCCCAACUGUGGCAUCUUCAUUACUAUGAACCCUGGUUACGCGGGCCGUACGGAGCUGCCAGACAACUUGAAGUCGAUGUUCCGUCCUAUCGCCAUGUGCGUGCCGGACUCGCUGAUCAUCGCCGAGAACACUCUCUUCUCUGACGGGUUCACUGCUUACAAAAUCAAUGCUAAGAAGGUGUUCACUCUAUACCAGCUAGCUAUGCAGCAGCUCUCGAAACAAGAGCACUACGACUUCGGGCUGCGGUCCAUGGUGGCACUGCUGCGGUACGCUGGGAUCAAGAGGAGGGCUUACCCUAACUUGCCAGAACAGGAGAUGGUGAUUCUAGCGAUGAGAGACAUGAACGUGGCCCGCCUCACAGCGAAGGACGUGCCACUCUUCGACGGCAUCAUGCAGGACAUCUUCCCUGACGUGGAGAUCCCGACCCUGGACUACGACAUGUUGGAGACUGCCAUCACGGCCGAGAUGAGGCUGGCCGGGCUCCAACCCGUCAAGGCAGCCCUGCAUAAAGUUAUACAGACUUAUGAGACUAAGAACUCCCGUCACUCAAGUAUCCUCCUAGGCGAUACGAACACAGCUAAGUCAGUAUCCUGGAGGAUGCUGGCUGCGACUCUCACCAGACUGAAUAGGGAGAAGCAGCCAGGGUUCGAAGUAGUCCACACCUUCCCCAUGAACCCUAAAGCGCUGACACUAGGAGAGUUGUAUGGAGAGUACAACCUGGCUACUGGAGAGUGGAAGGAUGGUGUCCUGUCUUCUAUCAUGAGGACCACUUGUCAAGACGACUCUCCGGACAUGAAGUGGAUAAUAUUCGACGGCCCGGUGGACGCGAUAUGGAUCGAGAACCUCAACUCUGUGAUGGACGACAACAAGCUGCUCACUCUGGUCAACAGCGAGAGAAUAUCUAUGCCUGCACAGGUGACCUUACUGAUCGAGACCCUGGACUUGGCAGUGGCCUCACCAGCGACGGUGUCACGUAACGGCAUGGUGUACAACGACUACAAGGACUGGGGCUGGUGGCCCUACGUCAACUCCUGGCUCGACACUAUCGAGUCUCCUGAGUACAGGGAGAUGCUGCGGCGCUUCUUCCUGUCGAUCCUGACGCCGGUGCUGGAGCUGAAGCGGCUGUCGCUGCAGGAGGGCGAGUCGGUGCGCGGGCAGGAGCUGACGGGCGUGCGCUGCAUGUGCCGCCUGCUGGGCCGCCUGCCCGAGCCCGCGCCCGCGCUGCCCGACGAGCAGUCCGACCUCGAGGGACUCACCAAGAUGCGGUUUUUGUUUGCCAUGAUCUGGUCAGUGUGUGCGACCUUGGAAGAGGAGCCCCGUCGUAGGCUGGACAACUGGAUCCGGGAACACGAGGGUAUCUUCCCACUCAAGGACACCGUCUACGACUACUAUGUAGACGAACGACUGGCGCAGUUCAAACCCUGGGAGGAGAAACUGCCUGACAAUUGGAAAUUUAAUCCCAAUGCUGGUUUCCACAUGAUCCUGGUGCCUACGAUGGAGUUCAUCCGCGUCCAGAUAAUAGCGCUGGACAUGUUGAAGGCAGGGUACGGAGUGCUCAUCGGGGGCCCCACUGGCACUGGGAAGACGUUCCUCAUACAGGGGACGCUGAACAGCUUGGAUCCUGCCAUAUACAGCACGCAAGUGAUCAACAUGUCUGCGCAGACGACGGCCGCCAACGUACAGGACAUCAUAGAGGCCCGGCUGGAGAAGCGGACCAAGGGGAACUAUGUACCGGCUGGAGGUAAGAAGAUGAUAGCGUUCAUGGACGACAUCAACAUGCCCGUCCGCGACUACUACGGCUCGCAGCCGCCGCUGGAGCUGGUGCGGCUGUGGCACGACUACGGCUACUGGUUCGACAGGGCCAAGCAGUGGAGGAAGAAUGUCAAGAACAUGGUCCUGUGUGGCGCGGCGGGUCCCCCCGGCGGGGCGCGGUCCCCGCUGCCGCCGCGGCUGCUGUCCUGCUUCCACGCCUUCUACCUGUCCUCGCCCACGCAGCAACAGCUCAUCAAGAUCUUCGGCACCAUGCUGGGCCAGCAUCUGCUCGACUUCGACGAGGAGACCAAGUCUGUCGGUAAGACGGUGCUGAUAGCGACAAUCGACAUGUUCAACAACGUAGUAGCUAAGCUACUGCCUACUCCCAGCAAGAUGCACUACCUCUUCAAUCUGAGAGAUAUCUCCAAGAUCUUCCAGGGCCUGCUCCGCAGUAACAAGGACUACACGAACACCAAGCCGCGGUUCCUGCGGCUGUGGAUACACGAGUGCUUCCGGGUCUUCUGUGACCGCCUCACUGAGGAGAAAGACCGCGAGUGGUUCCUGAACCACGUGGGCGACAUGCUGGGCAAGCACUUCGAGCUGACGUUCCACGCCCUGUGUCCGUCCAAGAGUCCUCCCCUAUUCGGCCACUUCUUAAACCCUUACGAGGUGUAUGAUGAUAUGAAUGACCCUGACGCGUUGCGCAAGUACAUAUUGAACCAACUCGAGGAGUACAACAGCUGUCCAGGCGUGGUGAAGAUGGACCUGGUACUCUUCAAGGACGCCAUAGAGCAUGUCUGUCGUAUAGUCCGCGUUAUCUCGCAACCUAGGGGGAACAUGCUCUGUGUGGGUAUAGGUGGUUCCGGUAGAACUUGUCUUACAAGGCUAGCGACGUAUAUCUGCGAGUACAUAUCGUUCACCGUGGUCGUCACCAAGACAUACGGUAUCAAGGAGUUUAGGGAGGAUUUGAAGGUCCUAUACACGGGUUGUGGAGUAGACCAGAAGAAGACCACGUUCAUAUUCUCCGACACUCAGAUCGCUGAGGAGACCUUCACUGAGGUCAUGAACAAUCUACUGAGCAGUGGGGAGGUCACCAACCUGUACAAACCUGAUGAGUUUGAGGAUAUAAAGACUGCUUUAGAGAAGCCAAUGAAGGCGGCCGGUUUGAUGCAGACCAAUGAGGUCAUAUACUUGUUCCUCGUGGACCGGGUGCGCAGUCACAUGCACAUCGUGCUGUGCUUCAGUCCUAUUGGGGAGGAGUUCAGGAACCGUAUCCGCCAGUACCCGGCCCUGAUCAACGCGACCACGACGAACUGGUUCCUGGAGUGGCCCCGCGAGGCCCUGCUGGAGGUGGCCUACAAGUUCCUGCAGGGAGUCGAACUGCUCGCCUCCAUCACUGGACCUAGGGUUCGUAGAUUGGAGUCUUUGAUAGAAAGUCGUGAGGACAUACUCCGGGCGUCGGUGGCGUCCAUAAUGUCCCUCAUUCACUCCUCGGUGGGCAAGUACUCCGUCAGGAUGUGGCAGGAGAUGAGGAGGACCAACUACGUCACUCCCACUAACUACCUCGAACUUGUGUCGGGGUAUAAAGAGAUGCUAGGCGCGAAGAGAAUAGAGAUAGCUCUGCAAGCCAACAAGCUGCGGAAUGGGCUCGGCAAGGUGGAGGAGACCACCAAACUCGUCGGACAGAUGUCCGAGGAACUCGCUGAGGCCAAGGUCCAAGUAGGUCUAUACACGGAGCAAUGUAUCGAGUACAUGGGCGUCAUCAACGUGCAACAACGCAACGCGGACGAGCAACAGCGCAGCGUCGCCGCCAGGAGCAAGAAGACCCAGGAGGAGGAGGUCCAGUGCAAGAAGUUGGCUGAUGCUGCCAUGAGGGACCUCGCCAGUGCCAUGCCGGCCCUCGAGGAGGCCAUCAAGGCCUUAGACGCGCUUAACAAGAAGGAUAUCACUGAAGUGAAGUCUUAUGCGAAACCUCCAUACAAGGUGGAAAUGGUGUUGGAGGCUGUGCUCAUAUUGCUGCAGAAAGAGCCAACAUGGGCCGAAGCGAAGCGUCAGCUCGGAGACCAGUACUUCCUGGACCGCCUGCGCGAGUUCGACAAGGACAAUAUAUCGGACAAGACGCUGAAGAAAGUUGGCACGUACACUGUCAAACCGGACUUUGAUCCUGAGAUCGUAGGGACGGUGUCCGCUGCCGCCAAGUCCCUGUGUCUCUGGGUGCGGGCUAUUGAGAAAUAUGGAAAGAUCUACAAGAUUGUAAAGCCAAAGAAGGAGCGUCUAGAAGAAGCGCUGGAGUCUUUGCGCAUGAAGCAGCAGAUCCUGGCGGAGGCCCGCGCCAAGCUGCGGGAGCUCAGCGAGAUGAUCGCCAGGCUGCAGCGGGAGUAUGAUGAGAAGGUGGCGCAGAAGGAGGAGCUCGAGAGGCGGUCCAGAAUGCUGCAACUCAAGCUGGAACGAGCUGAAGCACUUAUUACUGGACUCUCUGGCGAGAAGGAGCGCUGGGAGAUGACAGUGGAGCGGUUAGACAAGGAGUUCGACAACCUGCCGGGAGACUGCCUCAUCGCCACCGGCUUCGUGGCGUACCUCGGACCGUUCGUCUCCGAGUACAGGGAGUCUCUCAUGGAAGACUGGUUCUUGGAGGUGUGUAACGAGUCUCUGCCGGUGACUAUGGACCUCAGCAUGAAGAAGUUCUUGCUGGACGAUGCUACUCUACGAGACUGGAAUUAUAUGGGAUUGCCUGAUGACAACUUCAGUGCUGAGAAUGGCAUCAUAGUGGUGCGAGCGACGCGGUGGCCUCUAGCCGUCGACCCUCAAGGACAGGCACUCAUCUGGAUCUCCAGGCUCGAGGAGAAGAAUGGUAUACAGGUCGUGGACUUUGGUCAACCAAACUAUAUGAAGGUGAUGGAGACCUGUCUCUCAACCGGCAAGCCUAUCAUAAUCCAGAACGUUGGAGAAGUCCUGGAUCCUUCCAUAGCUCCUAUUCUGGAGAAAGCCAUCGUCACCAUCGGUACUUCGAAGGUCAUCAAGUUUAAUGACAAGAUGGUCUCCUACCAUAACGACUUCCAUCUUUAUUUGACCACUAAACUUGGUAACCCAGUAUAUACUCCGGAGACCUUAACAAAGACCACAAUGGUGAACUUUGCGGUGAAGGAGCAGGGUCUGACGUCACAACUGCUCGGCAUCGUCGUGCGGAAGGAGAGACCUCAGCUUGAACAGAUGAAGGACACGCUCGUACUCUCCAUCGCACAUAAUAAGAAAGUGCUUGUGGACUUAGAAAACGACCUCCUUCGCAUCAUGUACGAGUCACAGGUUCCUCUCCUGGAGAACGAGGAGUUGUUCAUAACUCUACAGACCUCACAGCGAACCUCACUUGAGGUCAAGGAAGCACUCAUCACCUCGCAAGUCACUGAGAAAGAAAUCGACACUGCUAGAGCGGCUUACGUCCCAGUGGCAGUGCGCGCAUCAGUCCUCUUCUUCGCGCUGAACGACCUGUCCCGUAUAGACCCGAUGUACCAGUUCUCGCUGGACGCCUACAUCGACCUGUUCAUGUACUCCAUAGACCGCAGCCCCAAGGCGGGGGAACUCGAGGACAGGAUCAAUAACCUCAACGAGUUCCAUACUUAUGCUGUUUACAAAAACACAUGUCGCGCGUUGUUCGAGCGACACAAGCUACUGCUAUCGUUCCACAUAGUGUCCCGGAUUCUAUUCCAGAGUGGCAAGAUGAGUCGCAACGAGUACAUGUUCCUUCUGAAGGGAGGAAUCGUCCUCGACAGAUCGGAACAACCGGACAAUCCUACCAAUUGGAUGCCGGACGAGUGUUGGGACAAUAUAACGGAGCUGGACAAGAUCCCUGGCUUCCACGGCAUCGUCGACGUGUUCGAGCCACUCAGCAAGGAGUGGAAGGACUGGUAUCUACAUCCAGAGCCCGAGACACAGCCUCUUAUUGGCGACUGGAACGACAUCUGCAGCGACUUCCAGAAGAUCCUGUUCAUCCGGUCGCUGCGCGUGGACCGCGUCUCCGCCUGCAUCACCACCUUCAUCAUCAAUGUACUCGGGCCGAGAUACGUCGAGCCGCCUGUACUGGAUAUACGGGCGGCCUGGGAGGAGUCGACGUGGAAGACGUCGCUCCUGUUCGUGCUAUCCCCGGGCGUGGACCCGACGGCGGCGCUCAUCCAGCUGUCGCAGGACGUGAAGAUGUUCGACAAGUUCGCGUCACUCAGUCUAGGGCAGGGCCAGGCUGCCACCGCUACUCGGAUGCUAUCGCACGGUAUGAAGGAGGGUGGGUGGGUGUUCCUGGCCAACUGCCACCUGGCGUGCGCGUGGCUGGGCUCCCUGCGCGGCCUGGACAACCCCAAGAUCCACCCUCGGUUCCGCCUGUGGCUGUCCUCCAUGCCGGACGACAAGUUCCCCCUCAACAUCCUGCAGCGGAGCAUCAAGAUGACCACGGAACCACCGCAGGGUUUGAAAGGCAACCUGGUCCGUCUGUUCGCGAAUAUAAACGAGGACAAGUUUGACGAGGCGACGCCGAAGUACCGGCGUCUGUUGUUCUGUGUGUCCUUCUUCCACUGCACGCUCAUCGCGCGCAAGCGGUUCCGCCAGCUCGGGUACAACGCCGUCUACAGCUUCAACGAUGCUGACUUUGAUGUAUCAGACAACUUGCUGGCGAAUUACUUGGAAGAAUACGAAGAGGUUCCAUGGGACGCGCUGAGGUACCUGUUCGCCAUCAUCAACUACGGCGGCCACAUCACUGACGACUGGGACAAGCGAGUGCUCAUCGCUUACAUCAACCAGUUCUUCAAUGAGGAAGCUCUCGAAACUCCAUUCUAUAGGUUGUCCUCGAUCCCCGCGUACCACAUCCCCCGCGACGGCUCGCUGGAGUCGUACCGCGACUUCCUGGACCUGCUGCCGGGCUACGAGCGCGCCGAGUCACUCGGACAACACGCCUCCGCCGACGUCGCCACUCUCGCACAGGACGCGCUGAUAAUGUGUUCUACGUUGUUCGCCCUGGCCAGUACCGGCGGCAGCGGCGCGGGAGGCGGGGAGGACCAGAAGGUGGAUGAGCUGGCCCAGGAGAUGUUGACGAAGCUGCCGGCUCGCAUAGACCUGGAGACGACGGAGCGCAUGAUGGGGCCGGAGAUCGUGAUGCCCAUGUGUGUCUCCUUGCUGCAGGAGAUCACCUACUACAACACACUCCUCAAUAUCAUCAUUUCUGGACUCAAGGAGCUGCGGCGCGCUAUCGAGGGUCUGGUGGUGAUGUCGGAGAUGCUGGAGACGAUGUACACCUGCAUCUUCGGGGGCAAGACUCCAAGCUUCUGGCUCAGAGGUCGUCCCUCGAUGAAGUCGCUGGGCGCGUGGUGCCGCGAGCUGUUCCUGCGCGGCGCGCACCUGUCGGGCUGGGCCGCCGCCCCGCGCGCGCCGCCCACGCUCUGCUGGCUGCCCGCCUUCGUCGCGCCCACCGGUUUCCUCACCGCCGUCAUGCAGACGACGGCCCGCGGCGAGAGUUGGCCCAUUGACACCCUGUGCUGGGAGUUCACCGUGAUGCCGCUGGAGGAGGCUGGCUUCGUGCGCCCGCCCAGAGACGGCGGAGUCUACAUCAGGGGACAGUACCUGGAGGGCGCGUCCUGGUUCCGCAAGGACGGGCACCUGCAGGAGCCGCUGCCCAUGCAGCUGGUGUUCCCCAUGUCCCCCAUACACUUCAAGCCCGUCCGCAUCACUGGCAAGCGCACGCGCAACCGCUACGUGUGUCCGUGCUACUACUACCCGCUGCGCAUGGGGGCCUUUGUCGUGGCCGUGGACCUGCCGGCCGGGAAGGAGACCGCCGACUUCUGGGUCAAGCGGGGCACCGCCAUGCUGUGUACGCUCGCCACAUGAACUGCUUGUGUACUCAUUGUUUCUGAUAAUACAUCUCUUACCAAACAUA